AUGUUGUCCGUCAAGCGGCUUGCCAAAGAAUACAAAGCCAUGAUCUCCGAUCCCCCACCGGGCAUCCUGGCCGCCCCUAUAUCUGAAGACAACUUUUUCGAGUGGGAAGCCUUUAUCACGGGUCCUGACGAAACGCCAUUCGAGUUUGGGGUCUUUCGCGCCAUCCUCAAGUUUCCGCCAGACUAUCCCAACAACCCGCCUUCCAUGCAAUUUACCACGGACGUUUUUCAUCCCAACGUGUACCCGGAUGGCCGCGUGUGUAUCAGCAUUCUCCAUCCGCCCGGCAAUGAUCCCUCGGGCUACGAACUCAGCUCGGAGCGCUGGUCACCCGUUCAAAGUGUCGAUAAGAUCCUCCUGUCCGUCGUCAGCUUGCUGGCCGAACCCAACGAUGGAAGCCCAGCCAACGUCGAUGCUGCCAAAAUGUGGCGAGAGGACAAUGCAGAAUUUCGGCGCCGCGCCCAUGCCUGUGUUCGGGCCAGCCUUGGCUUUGCCUAACCAUCUGGCCUCACUUUACUACCGAGCUUUGGUGGGCAUGUCAUAUCAGAUGGUCCUGAGGACCCUUGUGUACGUGCGACUGACCAUGUACCUUGUGCUCGUCUU